UGAGGAGCGCGACGGUGGACACUUUUAAUAAGCGUGUCCGACCGCGUUUUCGUCGUCCAAUAAUCUUGCAAGCCAUACUUGGAAAAUUGGUAGCCAGGAUAGCACAGCUGUCGCGACUCUACUUUGCUUAAAUUCUUCUCCAUCUCGCCCACGUCGUAUAAUACAUAGUUAUGCGCCAGAUGCAUGUAGCUUUGCGAUGACAAGCGCUGGAACGGUUUCUGUGACCUUGCAGUUCAUCGCCGGGCGUAGACAUGUAGCGGAGCUACCAAACCAGUGCUCCGUCGAGGACAUUGUGCGAGCGGUUGAGCAUGCCUUCGGCGCUGUCACGUCCGGUGGCGUGAAGGUCGUGCUAAGGGGCGCGGCGCUUCCAGUGGAUCGCCCGAGCCAAAAAGUAACAUUGAAGGACGGAGACCACCUACUAGUCGCCCCCCAGCGCAAAGCACCCUCGCCCGAACUCGUCGCAACCGUGACCCGCGGGUCAGUCGGCCGCCGCCACCCAGAUGAGGACGACGACGAGGACCGCAUCGCGCUCCCCCCGGGCACCCCCGCCUGGGAGGUGGCGGUGGUGGAGCUGCUCCGCACUCGCGCCCGCUGCCCGGACUGGCUGCUAGAGUGGGUGGUGCUGCUGCGGCCGCGGAGAUUCGCGCUGCUGGCUGCCUUCCUAGUGGGCUGUCGCCUGGCCUGGGCGCUAGGACUGGGCCCGGUGUUUGUGAUUGCGUGCCUCAUUGCCAGCAUCUUUGGCAACCUGGGGCGGCGGCGUGCGGGGGAGGUGUCGGCGUACUCGAUCUUCAACCGCGGGGUGCAGCGGCUGCCGGGGCAGCUGGACGCGGAUGAGAUCGACAGGCAGAUGCGGCAGGGGCAGCUGGGGUGAGGCAGGCGCGGAGGAGAGGCGGUGGUCGUGGCUGUUGGAUUGUGGCAGUGCCACCGAGGUCUAUGAGCGACUGGUGGGUUUGGUUGGUCGCCUACACGAGGUGUACGGCAUGAGGUGUUGGCCGUGCUGGCCAUGGGAGUCGAUGACAGCUGAUGACAGGGUGUCAUGGCGUGACAUCGCUGAGCCGUGGUGCUCGUGCAACGACAUGCAGGUACGGUUGCGAGGCAAAGGAGCGAUGUUGGUGCAUGCAUGCUGGGAUGGUGGCCACAUGCAGCGUGGAAGAGCACCAGCACGAGGCACCCGUAUUGGGGUCCUUACCUUGCGUCCGUGGCGUACUUUAGAGUUUAGACAGUCAGUUAGGAGUUAUGUUGUGAGGAGUUAGUGAAGCAGGCUAUUGUGUGCUUCGGAGGGACCGGUGACGUUGGGGGCGACGAGUUUGGUGCGAGGUGGCGUGAGGGGCGCUGUGUCAUCCCCGCACCUGCUCUAGGUGGUUGUCCGUCAGGGGGAAUGCUGUUGAUCGACAGGGGAGAAUGCUGUUUAGAGCCGCACCCAAUGGAGGAGGAUAGCUGUGACCGCCGUUCACUCAAAUAUGCCAGGCUGUGGCGAGAACAAGU